AUGUUUGGCAUAAAUUGACUAUUUGUUUAUAUUCCUUAAUGCAUACAUUUAUUUUAACAGGGUCUGAAGCAAUUCGUGUUGGUAACAAUAAUGUUGUAGAAUCAAAAGCUUUUAUUGGGAGAGAUACCGAGAUGAGCAAUGGUUGUGUUAUAGGAGCCUUCUGCAAUAUCACCAGCCAUGAGAGACUACCAGAACACACUGUCAUCUUUGGUGAUGACUGCAGAAGAAGAUUACAGGCUGAUAAACCACAGGCUCAGACGCUCCAGCUUGAUUUUCUGAUGAAGAUUCUGCCCAAUUACCACCAUCUCAAGAAGUCCACCAAGACCAAACCAGUAGAGAAGUCUUGAAGAUCAAGAUACUUGAUUAUCAAAAGAUGACCAUUGACUGAUCCUAUGUGUAUGCGAGAUUUUGCCAAUGGUCUGUGACAUAUAUUUCAGUCACACAUAAUGCAGUCCAGGGGAGCGUUUCAUCAACAUUUUUGUCCGACAUGUUGUCAGAUCUGACAUCUUUCCUUGAUUUUGAUUGGCU